AUUUCAUGUAGAACUGUUAUAAUAAUCGACUGAUAAAUCAACAACGUAUAUCGGAGAAUUAACGAUUUUUAACAGUGACGUGUCAAGAAAAAUUAGUGAUUUAUACCAAUUUAUUCGCUAGUUAGUGUUAAAAAAUGAAUUUAAAUUUGAAUUUAAUUGCAGCAACAUGUGAAGGAAUGGGUAUUGGUGUGAAAGGAACAUUACCAUGGAAACUUAAAAGUGAAUUGGCAUUUUUUACAUCUAUGACUACGAAUACGAAAAACCCAAACAAAAGAAACGUUAUAUUGAUGGGACGAAAAACAUGGGAAUCUAUUCCGAAAGAACAUAGACCUUUGAAAAAUCGAAUAAACAUUGUUUUAACAUCACAAUCUUUGGAUUAUGGAAAUGAUGUGAUUGUAUGUAAAAAUAUUCCACAUGCCUUUGAAGUUAUUGAAAAAACUAAAGAUCGAAUUGAAAAUAUAUGGGUGAUAGGAGGAAGUUCCGUGUAUAAGGCUACAAUUAAAUCUCCAAAUUUUUACCGAUUAUAUUUGACAAGAAUAAAAAAAUAUUUUGAGUGUGAUGCAUUUUUCCCAACUAUCCCUAAUGAUUUUGUUUUAACAGAAGAUCCAAACAUACCACAAGGAAUUCAAGAAGAAAAUGAUAUACAAUUUGUAUAUGAAGUGUAUAAAAAAAAAUAGAUUUUUAAUUGGUUUUAAAAUAACAUUUUUCGAAUAUUUUUAAUUUUGUAAUAAAAAUAAUGACGUAUAAGCAAUAUUUUCCUCAAUGCUUUAUUAUUGACAAAAGGUAUUUCUUAAAAUUUAUAACUGCGUAUAGAAUUGCAUUAAAUGAAAUAGAAUUUUUUAACCUGGGGGCCAAUGCAUUUGGCGACCACCGAGAACAUGUAUAUGCAAAUGAUAUACCGAUUGUGCACCAUGUU